AGAACCAUAUAUGAGUGUGAUACUUAUCUGUUUAUUGUUUUAUUACUUAUGUAUAUUGUCCACUGGGCGUGCUUGUCCUCCGUGUGUAUAGGGGGCGCUGUGUGACUCCUGAAGCGGUUAAUAAGGCGCUAUUAGGUGUCAAAAAGAAGAAGUUCAGUGUUUUUCCUCCCCAGUGCACGAGAGGUGGAUUAAUCCGAGAAACAUUAGGAGCUAGAAUUCGGAGCUGGAUAAUUUCACACAUGCGUCCUGCAGUAGAGAAAUAUACCGUUAAAGUGGGACUAUGCUGCUGGCUACAGUAAACCAGGGUGGAGCAGAAUUCCCACAUGGGCGAGGUGAUGCUCAGAACUUCACUCUGUGCCUCGGUGACAUUUCAGACGAUCAGUACGCGGAUAGCUUAGAGGCUGUGACUCUCGCAGAUGGCUCGACUGCAUAUAUUCAGCAUAAUACUCCAGAUGGGAGUGUACUGGAGGGGCAGGUCAUCCAACUGGAUGAUGGUACUACUGCUUACAUUCAGCAUAUUUCUGUACAGAAUGGAGAUGGGCCCAAUGGAUGGUCAGGUUCUGCUACGAGUGACGUCAUGGAAGGUGAGAGCCUGAAUCUGGAGGCUGGACAGGCCGUGCAGCUGGAGGAUGGAAGCACUGCUUACUUACAUCAAAUACCAAAAGAGGUGUAUGAUUCCCCUGCGCUCCAGGCAGUACAGCUAGAGGACGGCUCCACCGCCUUCAUUCAGCAUGCGCUGCAGAUGUCGCAGCCAGAUACGAUUCUGGCCAUCCAGGAAAGUGACACAGUGUCUGAUCUGUCUCUCGAGGGAAUCGCAGAUCCUGGGACUGUCACUGUGCUGGAACAGUACACCGCUAAGAUAAAAGAAAUGAAACCUUAUGCAAGCACUGGCUUACUCACAAAUGAAAACGUAGUACAGAUUGUUUUUCCGAGUCAGGAUGGCCAUCGCAGUGUACAGCAGCCUGAGGAGAAAUCGUUUCAGUGCAGCUAUGAAGGAUGUGGCAAACUUUACACCACUGCAUAUCACCUCAAGGUACAUGGAAGAGUACACACAGGUGACAAGCCUUACUGCUGUGACAAACCUGGCUGUGAAAAAAAGUUUGCAACAGGUCAUGGCUUGAAAAGUCACACAAGGACACACACUGGUGAAAAACCCUACUGCUGCACAGAAGUGAACUGCAGAAAAUCCUUCAAGAACUCAGGAGAUCUCCAAAAGCACAUCCGAAUCCACACUGGAGAAAAGCCCUUCCUUUGUCCGUAUGAAGGCUGCGGGCGGUCUUUUAGGACCUCCAACAUUUGCAAGGUGCACAUGCGCACGCACACCGGCGAGAAGCCGUACCACUGCUCCGAGCCAGGCUGCAACCGGGCCUUCGCCAGUGCGACCAAUUACAAAAACCACACCAGGAUCCACACUGGCGAAAGACCAUACGUUUGCACCAUUCCUGGCUGUGACAAGCGUUUCACCGAGUACUCGAGUCUGUACAAGCAUCAAGUGGUUCACACGCCCUGUAAACCCUACGAGUGCAGCCACUGUGGGAAAACCUACAAGCAGAUCUCCACACUGGCCCUGCACAAGCGCACAGCACACAACGACUCUGAGCCCAUCGAGGAAGAGCACGAGGACUUCGAGCCUCCUAUAGCCAUCGACGAUCCCUGCAUGAACGGUACUUCGGCAGAGAGUGUUGCACCCUGCUCAGAUAUGACCUCUGACCUCACAGCGCAGGAGCAGGUCACCCUGGUCACACCAGAUGACGCUCAUCAGGCGGCUGGCAAUACAAUCACCAUGGUAACGCAAGAUGGCAACUUGCUCACGCUCCCAGCCAGUGAGUCUGUACUGUCAUCUGCUGAAGUCACCAUGGUAACCGCUGAUGGCACAGAGGGACAGAUGACCAUUGUGUCACCAGCUUCUUUACAGACCAAACAGGAAGCAAUGCUUCCACACUCAGUUACCCUUCUGGCCACUUCUAACGGAAAACAAGUUGCUGUUGAGCUCUGUGAUCAGUUGACGCUGGAGGAAGCUCUGAGAAUCGCAUCAACUAUACAACAAGGAUCCACGGCAGAGCUGGAACAUUAAUUAAAAUACUACAGUUUGUGUGCUAAUUUAGCUCAAAUGUUUAACCGUGGGUUAUUUCCUAGAUCUUCCUGUUUACAUUCAUAUUUUUGAUAAUGUAUGUAUGAAAGAUCAGAAAGGCUGUGUGCUUUCAAAUAAAGAACUGUAUUAAACACGUGAA